UGCAAAAUACCUACAAAAACAACCUUAAAAUUUGACAAACAUUAGAUUUUUAUACAAUUUGUGAGAUUUUAUUUAUUUAUUUACUGACGAAAACUCUUCGUGUCGCAUUCAGUAAAACGUAUAUCAAAAUGCUACCUCUAUCGUUGUUACGUACUGCUCAAAACCAUCCGAUGCUAGUCGAGUUAAAAAAUGGUGAAACAUACAACGGGCAUCUCGUUAGCUGCGACAACUGGAUGAAUAUAAACUUAAGAGAAGUGAUUUGCACAUCACGGGACGGCGACAAGUUCUGGAGGAUGCCCGAGUGUUACAUACGAGGCAGCACGAUAAAGUAUUUGCGAAUACCCGAUGAAGUUAUCGACAUGGUCAAAGAGGAGACUCAGAUUAAGGCGAGAGGUCGGGGAGAGGCGAACAAAGGUAGGGGAGGCGGCAACAUGCGAUCAGGACGCGGCGGUGGCCGGGGCGCCUUCGGAAACCGUGGCAGACCAGCUCCUUUAGCGCGUGGUGGUGGAAACGCGGGAAGGCCGCAGAAUAAAAACAAAAAAUGAAACUCUUGUAAUAUCUUAGUUAUUCUCACUAAAUAUAAGGUUUUUAAGGUA